UCGAAGCGACGUCGGCGACGACGACGUAAGCGACAUCUCACCCCGUAUCGUUUCCUGGGGGUUGUGACAAGCAGCUCUUCUCCAGGCCGUCACGGCCGCUCUCGGGACCGAUCCCCGUUCCGUAUACCUCGCCCGUGCCCUCGCGAACGUCGUUGGCGAUGGCCGACAGCGAGUUCGAGGAGUUUCGGCACUACUUCGAGAGGCUGCCCCAACACCUGAAGGCACCGCUCUCCAACUACACGCUCGUACACGAUGUGAUGAUCGAUGAUUCGCCGACGUCUUCGCAAGGGAGCGACGGAGAGGUCGGCAGAUCCUGCGACGUCGUCACCGGCGACUCCGAGGACGAGGAAGUCGUCGUCAUCCAUCGGCACGACAACCAAAGCGGGCACACCACCCCCGAUGAUAGCGAGGAGCUAAAUCAUCAUUGCUCGAUCAUAGCUGACAGCGAUUUUAGGUUGGUAACGUCAUCUUCGCGAAGAAUUAAAAUAGGCAGCAUGAAAAAUGAUAGUUUAGCUCACUAUACGAUUGCCUUGGAUGACAUUAGCUUGUUCGGUGGACUGAGCAGCAGGGGUCGAUCGGUAGGCGGUGGCGGACCAGGACCGGGCGGGGGUGGUACUACCGUAUCCGGUAACGACGGCCGGGAUAGUGUCGUCAGCGAUGUCGGCGAUUCGUGUUCCAGUUUGAGCUCCUGGCCUACGCCGGAGCACGUGCCGUCGAAUCGACCCGGAAGCGGCGGCACCGAGCGCAGACGUAGAAGACUGCCGGAAAUUCCUAAAAGCAAAAAAUCUUUGCCCACGUGCCAGACGUCGACCUCGCUGGCAGACGAGUUGAGUGCCGCCACCGGCUCGACAUCGGCCCGACCUCAUCUUGUCUUAAGGAAAUGUCAUCCCAGACUCCGUCACGAGGACAGUUCGCCCGACAGCGAGAGGAUGGCCACCGACAGCGGUCAUUCUACCGCUCAUUCUCCUGAUAACGGCCCCAAGAGCGUGUCGCCCAUACCAUGCAAUACCUUGCAGAACACGGACUCGGUGUCGCCCAGCAGCACCCCAGGAAGCGGAGGCGUACCGUUCACCCAACUGGAACUGCUCGAGGCAACGCAUCGAGGCCUGCACAAGUUCAUAUCGCGACACCAUGACGAAAUUGAUCUUGAAAUCGGAGACCCCAUAUACGUGCAAAAGGAGGCCGAUGAUCUCUGGUGCGAAGGCGUGAAUCUGAGGACGGGCCGACAAGGCAUCUUUCCGUCGGCUUAUGCGGUCGACAUGGACUACAGUGACUUCGAUCCCACCGCGCCCAAAGUGAAGAGAGAGAGAUAUCUCCUGGGUUACCUGGGCUCGGUGGAGACCCUGGCGCACAAGGGUACAGGAGUGGUUUGCCAGGCGGUGCGGAGAAUCCUUCGCAACUCCUCGCAAGAUCCGCCUGUCUCGCAGAGCUGCAUCUUGGAAGUGUCCGAUCAGGGGCUUCGAAUGGUCGAUAGAAGUAAACCGCGAAAAAGUCAAGGUCCUUGUCACGAUUAUUUCUACUCGCUGAAGAAUGUAUCGUUCUGUGCAUUUCACCCUCGCGAUCAUCGCUACCUCGGCUUCAUCACGAAGCACCCCACUCUGCAGAGGUUCGCUUGUCACGUGUUCAUCGGUCAAGAAUCCACAAGACCCGUCGCCGAAGCUGUCGGACGCGCUUUUCAUCGGUUCUACACGAAAUUCAUCGAGACUGCUUUCCCGAUAGAGGACAUCUACAUUGAAUAAAUUGCUCUCAGUCUGACUUAUAGUGGCCACGGAGAAAAUGAUACAUCUCACUUCCUCCCCCUUAUCCCCUGUAUAUAUUGCCCGUUAGUUGUAGAUAUAAAAUAAUAAACGCGAAUCAAACACCCAAUUUAUACAUAUAUUGAAUAUAUGUAUAUCUAUGUAUACCUAUUGUGUACGGAGCAUUUUGGGAAGCGUCACGACGAGCUCGAGCUUCCGUUAACAGUCUAUUCUCUCGUUAUCCAUUUUUCCUUUUAUUCGUCGUUUAUUAUCAAUUUCUUUCAAUUUCGUGCGUGUGAUCCAAUACGAUCCUACGUACAUCGAACAGCGGGAAGAAAUUAUAUUUAUUAAAUAACACUAAGUAGACGAAUUACUUUUAUUUCACAGGCAUCGUAUUGGCUGAAAUUGAUGAUAUUUUCAUAUCGAAUUAAAAUAUAUUCUUAAUACUUCUCUUAGUUUCUGCUAAUAAAAUAAUGGCAGAAUCAUACAAACGUAAAAUUGACUGAGUGAAUGAAGAUAGAUGCUGAUGCUUUAAUAGUCGAUAAAAAUUGAUCUAUUUUCAAUUGCGAAGUUUCAUUGCCGAAAUUAUAUUUUUUCACAAUUGAAAACAGAACGACUAUCUUAACCGUUUAACCGCCAAUGUUCCUAAUUAGAAAAGUAUCAUUUUUGACAUAAACUUGAGUAAAAUAUUUUACUUGUUAAAAAUAUAUGUAUUAAUUUUAAAAAUAAUAAAAAUAGAAAUAUUACAAGAGAUUUGUCAUUUACAGUACUUUCUAAAUUUCAUUGAAACAGUUUUUAUUAAUCAAAAGUAAACAUAAAGUUAAAAAUGAUUAAAAUUUUAAUUCCAACAACAAUUAAAUACGGUUAAAUGGUUAAAUAUCACGAUCCAUCGUAUUAUCGAAAGGUAUUACACCUUUUUGACUAGACUUCGUGUUUAAGGUUGGAAGAGAGCACGAUAUAUAGAAGAAGACUUCGUUAAAGAUCCUCUAAUAAGCAGAUUUGGUAAUCAAUAGCAAAUUAAUUCCUAAAACCCCGAUUUCACGACCAAGUUAAUCCGCUUAGUGAUGCGUAGAAAAAGGGAGUACGACAAUAGAGAAUGAGAGAGCGUUGGGUCAUUUGGAGUUUAGCGAGAGAUCGUAGCAGAGAGAUCGAGCGAUUUGGGGAAGAGAAGUGACGCUUUAACUUUCGGCGCGUAUCGAUUGUGCUUCUUGCUGAUGGCGUUUUUCAUCCUAGCAACAAAUAGUCAUCUAGAACGAUCUUCAAACUGUAUUGUUCUUAUUGUUAGAGAACGGCGAGGCCCACGCGCGUGGGCGCGCCGCUAUUUAGAAACUCGUAUAUUUUUCUAUUUUUCUUUGCGGCAGAGAGAGAGAGAGAGAGAGACUCAACUCCGAUCAUAAGUUUUACUGUACGAGACAAGUCCCCCCCUCUCAAAAGUUUGUACUCUCGAAUCUCCGCGCGACCUGCGUGAGGAAAGAAAAUUAACGUUAUCGAAACGCACACGGGCUUCUGCAUUCGAAGUAUCAUUAAUUGCGCUGCGUCGCAACGUUUUAACAGUGACUUUAUACGGCUCUCUGGUGAAAAAAUUUUUCAUAUUUUCUCAGUUUUGUAAUAAUUGAGACUUGUGAAAAAUUUAUAAAAUUUCUCAAAUAACUACUUUUAGAAAUAAUUUUCGGAAUAUUUCAAUAUCUGUAUGUAUGCAAACUUCUGAUAAAUUACACAGAUUUUCUCAUAUUUAUUCAGAUUUUUACAAAGAUAUGUUGGAGGGAAAAGUCUAAAAUAUUUUAUUCUUAAUUUGCCUACAUUUUCUUUAAAAACGUUCCAAUUUGCGUAUAAAAAAAUCGAAAAAAUUCUGAGCAUUCUGAAAAUUUUUAUGGAAAUUCUAAUUAAUAAUAUGAAAAAUUCUGAGAAAUUUUCCCACCAGUAGGAAUAUGAACCAAAUUGCAAGUACGCGCAGCAUCGUUGCCGGAAAUGCGAGACGAUAGGAAAGUAGGAACGAAAAGCGAUACCGUCUGCGUGCAAGCGAGAUGAGCAGUAUCAUUAUCAAUCGAUAUCUACCGCUAUCAAUAUCCGUUUUUAUUUCAAUUCGCUAUUUCACACUGCCUUUAUCAGGACGUUGCGUACGCAGAGCGCGUGUACGAUGUCCCAGUCGCAUAAAGUUAUCUAUUAUCAGCAUUCGUUUGGUCUUGAACUUCUAAUAUCGCGGAGCAGCUCACCGACGAAUGGAUUCGAUCGAUGAAAAAUCGUAUUAUGAUCGACUUUAAAUCGACUUCAAAUUACGUCAACCAAUAACAAUUUAACAAAACAUCGAUGAUCUCCAAAACAUUUCUUCAUCCGUAAAUCUUUAGUUAUUUCGAAGAGACUUACGGAUUCAAUAUCAGUUUUGUAUUAUCAAUAUUUCAGGACUAAAGGAUUAAAACAAUGAUUAAAAUUAUUUUUAAUUUAAAUUUAAUCCUUUAAUAAUUUUAAAGGAUUAAAAGCAUUUUGCGAUUGAAAUUUCUUAUUUCUCAUUUUUUAUGUGAUUUUAUAACUGGGAUCUCUUAUUCGCGCCGGGAGAAUCUUGUCAAUUUACGGACUUCUCCUCGACAAUACGAGCUCUGUGCGUUGUCUUACUUGGGAUUUGGUGCAUGUUAGAUAAGUACGACUCACACGCCUCGAUUAUACAGUAUAUCGAAUAAAAAUUGAGAGACAAAUUACAGUGAUUUCUCAUUUUAGGGGACUUAUUUCAUUUAUAUCCGCAGUACGCAGAAUGUGCCUUUCGUUCGGAUCGCCACGAAAUGCCGUGCCUUUUCGAUCAUUUUCUCUAACGUAGCUACGAUAUUCACCAUCGCGUACAAAUCUCCACUAUUUUUACGACACAGUUAUUCCUCUCGAAUCUUUUUAAGACACAUCACCGAAUGGAAUAAAAUAGAAACGAGCGAGAAUCUUCAAUAAAUUUAUUUCCGACAGCUCUUCGCCCAUUAAACAAUUACCGAUAGCAAUUACGUAAACGUAUUAGAAAUUAUUCGAUUGACUAAUUUUUUAAUUAUCAAAGUCGCUUCGACAAUUACGUAUUAUUGUAUCUGAGGCGACAAAAUCUUCAUCACUAUUUUACGUUUGUAAACUAAACGGUUCUGGCGCAAGUUAAUUUAAUAAUAAUAAUUAAAAAAAAAACCUCGCGACCUUAGUAUUUUGAAAUGCGGUAUAUUUCUUUUGUAGAUUUGUAAACGAAGACAAGAAGGGUCAAAUAUAAAUCAAACGAUGUGAUCGACACUUCUACAAUAUUCAUAUAAUUUCUACAUAUAUUUUUCUUCCAGAGGCAGUAUUAUUUACAAAAAUGUUCCACCUUCUUGAAGUCAUUAAUUCAGUCUUGACACAAUAACUGUACAUGUACAUGAUCCUCCUCCAUCAUUAUAUUCCUUUAUUCGUCACAAUUACAUAUUUUCUUCUUUUUCAUGAAUGCAUACGUAUUUCUUUUUUUCGUUAUAUAUUAACAUAGAGUAAUAGCCGAAUUAUGCAAACUAUACGUUGAAUUAUUAAUUUCCUUCGUUUAUCAAAAACGAAAAGAUCAUCCGAUCGGAAAAAAAAUGAUUUCUCAUUUACAAUUUUUUUUGACAAGUUCUAUCGUGCUCCGCGUUAUCAAUAAUUUCCGAGCAAAAUUAAUAUCUGUAUCCGUUCUAAAGCGACUCGACCGUAAACAUUUUUAUAAAUCUCUGCGCAAUUUCUUUGAAUUCGUUCACAAUGUACGCGUAUCUUCAUUAUUUCCGUUCGCCCUCCGCUUUUCUCGACAAGAAUUAUCCACCUUCAACGUAAAGUAGAAAAAAA